AUGGCUGCCCGACGACAAGCUUCGACGACGUCGCUCGCGAAGUAUGCGCGAGCUAACUCGCCUGAUCUUUCCCAGCGGUCGACCGACUUCUGCAACGCGUUCUGGGGACCUGGAGAUGGCGGUGUCGAUGUGCUGUUCGCGCGCAUGCGCGGGGCGGCGAGGACGAUGGAGGAACUGAGGAACUUCUGGAAAGAGAGAGCAGCGAUUGAAGAGGAUUACGCGAAGCGAAUGGCCAAGUUGGCCAAGUUACCUCUGGGGAGGGAUGAGAUUGGAGAGCUACGGAAUUCAUUGGACACGUUGCGGCUCGAAACAGACAAGCAAGCAGGAUUUCACCUCCAGUUGGCCCAGCAGGUCCGCAACGAUCUUGAGACGCAAACUGCCACCUUCUGCGCGCGGCAAGCGCAUCACCGCAAGACCUUCCAGUCGGCGAUCGAGAAGUCGUUCAAGGUGAAGCAGGUGCAGGAGCAACACGUCAACAAGGCGCGCGAAAAGUACGAAGCGGACUGCAUGCGCAUCAACGGGUACACUGCGCAGUCAACGCUAGUGCAGGGCAAGGACCUCGAGAAGAUCCAUCAGAAGCUUGAGCGCGUGCAGCAGACGGUGCAGGCCAAUGAACGCGACUUUGCUAACUUUGCCAGGGCGCUUCAGGAGACGGCGCGGCAGUGGGAGCUUGACUGGAAAGCGUUCUGCGACAGCUGCCAGGAUAUGGAGGAAGAGCGGAUGGAUUUCAUGAAGGAUAAUAUGUGGGCGUACGCGAAUGCAGUGUCAACCGUGUGCGUACAUGACGACGAGUCCUGCGAGAAAAUUCGCCUGUCGCUCGAACAGUUCGAAACUGAGAAAGACAUGGAGAACUUUGUACGUGAUUAUGGCACGGGCUCGUCCAUACCUGAACCACCGCCAUUCAUCAAUUACACCGACCCCGACGCCGUUAUGAACUCUUCUUCACGCCCAGUGAGCCACCCGGCUCGCUUUACGCGGUCAACGCAGCGGCGAGCAGGGCAGCAGCAAGCCCCACCGCCACAGCCCGAGGACGAUGAACCACCAGUAAACACUGCUGGCCGCGGGGCAGGUGGAGGAAGGGCUGAUACGAAUGGGGUAAGUCGCAGCCAGACGCAGAGCCGCGCCAGCACCCGUGGGGACGGGGCGAGCGUGCGCCGGGCGGACACGACAUCGUUCAGGCCUGCGAAUGAGCCGCAUGCGGAGCCUAUCGACCCGACGAGCAAGACGAUGAUCAAGAUCGGAGAGAACGCUUACGAGGUGGAUCCUGCACAGGACCCGCAGCAGCAAGGACAGGGUUCGCGGCGGCAGAUUCAGAAUGGCGCACCGAAGCCUGGCGUGGGGGACGACAGCGAUCCGCUCGCGCGGGCUAUGGCGGAGCUGAAGACUCAGGCGGGGACGGUGCGCCGCAUGCCUACUAGGAAGGACACGUCGGAGUCGCGGCAUGGCCAGGCGGUAGGCCCGGGUUCGUCCUCGUCGAACGUCAACCUGACGGCGCCGCAGUCAUCGAGCAACGUCAAUGGAGGAGGCAGCAGCCGCGACAACCGAUGGCGAAACUCUGCCGAGAUGGUCGUGGGGUCAUACCCGCUGGGUGCGUCGCCAUCGCGUUCGACGUCACCGCAUCCGCCGACAGCCGCGUUCAUGAACCCGAACCGGCCACCAUCUACAGUUGGAGAUUCAGGCCUCCCAGUGGAGGAUGUUCUUAAAGACUACCAGCAGAGCUUUCCUGGUGAGCGGAAGUCGCUGAGCCGCCAGAACAGUCGGCGCAGCAGCGUAAGUCAGAACAUGACCGACCAGGGGCAGCGGAUCGGCCGGCCGGUGAGCCGCGAAGGCCAUGCUGGAAUCGGCGCGCAUGGGCGGAGCCCAAGCCCUGGGUUGCCCAUCUCGAGAAGUGCGAGCCCGGCACUGGCACACGUUAAUGACAGCCGGAACAGCCUCACUUCGCCUCCAAGCCAGGUUGGCAGGGCCGGGUCCACUUCCUCGAGUAAUCGCGGUCCGCAACGUGCGACGAGUCCUAAUCCGGUGGGAAUUGCGCUGGACCCUAGUGGGAGGGUCGCUAUGGAUUCGAUGGCGGAUCGGUAUGCAGCUGAGCAGCAGAGGAGGCAGCAGCCCAUGCAUCAGAGUUCGUUGCCUCCCCAACAGCCCCCACAGCAGAAUUCUAUACGCCGGACUAGCACUUACGUCUCCCCGACUAACGUACCGAAUGGACAGCACCACCUCGGGUAUGGGAUCCCCCCGCCCCCGACAGGCCCGCCGCCGCCCGUGAAUUACCAGCCACCACCGCACGUGCAUCCGUCAUACGGCCAUCCCCAGCAGGUGUACCAGCCGCCGCCCCCGCAGCUGUACCAACCGCAGCCGCACAUGGGCUACGGGAACACGCCAGCAGAUAUCCAGCGGGGCGCGUCGGUGUCGUACGGCGCACCGCCGUCGCAUUUGCAGCAGCCUGCGGGAUAUGGCGAGUACGGCUACCGCGCGCCGAGCCCCGCUGCGCGGACGCCGUCGCCUCAGCCGCCGUCGCAGAUGGUGCCGAAUGGGCCGCCGCCGACGAACCAGUACACCGAAGAGGGCAAGCCAGUGUUGUUCUAUGUGAAAGCUCUGUUCGACUAUCAAGCCACUAUCGAGGAGGAGUUCGAUUUCCAGGCCGGAGACGUCAUCGCUGUAACUGCGACGCCCGAGGACGGGUGGUGGAGCGGCGAGCUACUGGACGAGGCGAGGAGGCAGCCCGGGAGGCAUAUCUUCCCCAGUAAUUUCGUCUGUUUGUUCUAAUAGGUCUAAUCUGUGAUCCACUCUUUCACUACCGCGUACGUUGAUAUGUGCCGAAUGCUGUCAUUUGUUGUGUUGGCUGUUAUGUUACCCCCGCCCGGACUUAUUAGUGCAUAUAUCCCAUACUUACUGUAGUCUGGUGUAGUACCCUUAUGCGAAGAAUAGCUGGCCUACACAGGCCUCUCUGGAUCUG